GAGCUUACUGUACCGUGGGAAACUAACACACCAAAAGACCACACAAUAAAAUUUAAUAAAAAUCUCUUUUUAACCUUCUAAAAGACCAAGGCAUGUUGAGAACUGCAGUAAGUUCAGUUUUGGAACAAGUAACUAAGGCUGCACUUACAGGCUCCUAUCAAAUUUGGCUAGAAAGAAUGGGCAAAUCGAGCAGUGAAGGUGAACGUUGAUCUUAAAGGGGGCCUCCUUAAACCUACAGCUGGGUCGCAAGUCCCGGGUAUUGCUCAGAGUGUCUCUCCCUGCCACACGAUGGACCGGGCACCCGCACAGUGAAUCCAUGGAUUGCUAAGAAGUUCGUCACUCUUUUCAUUAAUUUUUAUUCCGGAUUUUUUUUAAAUCCCUUUUUUCAGAAUUCUAACUUUAAACGAAGAAUGUCGCAGGCAGAAAAAUGCCCCUUUUAGAUAGAGAACCUGGGCUGUUGGAAGUAAGGAACCCGUGCACGAGUUAUACAUUUUAAUUGGAAAUAUUGAGUAAUAUAAGUGAGAAAUGAAAAAUAAAACCACAAAUCCAAACAAUUGGAAUUUUUUCUUUGUUGUUUUAUUGAACUGAUCUGAUAAGACUUCAUAUAAAAUAUUGUCAUGAUCUUACUACAAAAAAGUUAGACACUGUUUAAAACCUUGUUUAGGCAAAUUUUGUAUGUUUUUUUUUAAUCUUGUGUAGAACGUGUCUAACCUUUUUUUGUGGUAAUAAGGUUAAUAUUUAAUAAAACUAUAUUAAUGUAGAUCAAUUCCAAAUAGUCACGAGUACUGCGGAUGAUGAAGCUUGUAACUCGGGUCGAGUCCUACAUAGGUAUGAUUACAAUGUUUCUGACACAUUAAAUAAAACCGAUCUUAGAUUUAAUGGUAUCUACACAUGUGGCGGAAUUCCGAAUUAGUUUCGGGUAUAGGUGAAGUCACCCUAUACAGACUAAAAACUCCCAAACACCACAUGAACCAAACAUCAAAUAUAAAAAUUAUCAUAAACGAAUUAAAUAAAAUGAUACCGAAAUGAAAAUGUUGAACUUCUAAUUUUAUAUGUUCUUUUCUAUAUUGAUAUAGGAUAAAAUUUGUUUAAUAAAAAAUGUAUAUUUCGAUUUGCUUAAUGAUUGAGAACUACUUAAAGAAAGUUAAACAUCAAUUUAGAAACACAACUAACAAUUGUGCCGCAAUAUUACAUCGACCAUAUUUUCCUUAAGGAGCAGAGUGAUAUAUGAAGUAACCGAUCAAUUUGAACUGCGGGCUGAUGGAGCGAUGAGCUAGGCCGUUACACCCUUACCAAGGGUUUUCCGGGGAGUUUUCCGCUUUCGUAGUUUGUACCGCUCAAGUCGGUAGAUGUAGGAGAGGUUAGAAUUCAGAAUCGAAUUUCGUAGUGUCGGAUGGGUUCAGCAUGCGGGGUUGCCGGUGUCAAGGCAGCGGCGGGCACAGCGGUGCGGUGCGGCAACGGGAGGGGGAGAGCGGGAAGCUGCUCCCUCAUUGAUCGGCAGCGCGCAGCAUCCCCGCGCGGGUCCGCGCCGCAUCCCCGCAGUCUCCGAACAACCACAAUACUUGAGCCUCUAAUCGCUACGUUUCGAAAACCCAUCACAGCCCUCAGCCUACGAAAUAGCGGCAGUAAUAUCAACAGCCUAAAGCUCUCACGCGCUCUACACAGUUUCAUAAAGCGUCAAUACCAAGGCACUUUAAGUUAUAUUUCCCUCGUACUGAAUAGCAGUCUUUCUAUAUUUCUACAGAUACUCCGAUACUCCUAAGAUUGAUAUAAGUUCUUUAUCAUAAUCUUGUAAAAUGAUACCUUUUAUCUUAAUACCACUUACAAUUAUUUAAAGAGCAGAUAUAUUUUGCAAUCGCUACAGACUCCGUGAUCGAAUGAAAUGAUAGUAAAUCACAAGAGAGAUGAAAGUGGUCACAAUUAACGGACUUCGUGCACAAGUGAAAAAUGAGAGUUAGGCAAAUUUUGAAAAGGGCCAAAUAAUUAGCAUAAUAGUAGGCGGCGGCGGGCGGCAUCGGCAGCAGGAGCCGGGUGUAGCGGGGCGAGGGGUACGGGACGAAGGUCGGGCGGUUGGGGCGCGGGCGGGCGGCGGGCGGCGAGCGGCGCGUGAAUGGGCGGCAGCGGCUGCGCGGCCGCCAGUCCGCACACCGGCGGCUCCGCUGCCCCACGGUCGGCCGCACUCCGCUGAACAACAAUGCUUAAAAACGCGCCGUGACCGAACAACGUACCCGCGGCGCGCCGGCGAUGCUCGAGAAUCGGACGGCACGCGUGGCCGUCGGCGAGCGGUGAUUCAAUUUAUGAUAUCUGAGAAUUCGGGCAGAGUUUUGGAUAGGUUCGUAUAGGGAGUGCGGCGUAGGGAGGCGGGGGUCGGUGUCGCGCGUCGGGCGUCGGGCGGGCGUCGGUCGGGUGAUGGCGCGGCGCGGGGCGGCGGCGGCGGCGGCGGCGGCGGCGCGCGGCGCGGCCUGCUCGCGGCGCUGACAUGGGGUGGCGGGCGCGCCGCUCGCUGUUGGCGGCGCCCGCGGGCCUGCUGCUGCUGCUGGCCCUGCUCUGGCCGAGGGAGGCGUGCGGCGGCUACCACGAGAAGCGGCUGCUGCAUCACCUGCUCGACCACUACAACGUGCUGGAGCGACCCGUGGUCAACGAGAGCGACCCGCUGCAACUCUCCUUCGGCCUCACGCUCAUGCAGAUCAUCGACGUGGACGAGAAGAACCAGCUACUAAUAACCAACAUCUGGCUCAAAUUAGAAUGGAAUGAUAUGAACUUGAGAUGGAACACUUCGGACUUUGGUGGUGUCAAAGAUUUGCGAGUACCCCCACAUCGGCUAUGGAAACCAGACGUCCUUAUGUACAACAGCGCGGACGAAGAGUUCGACAGCACGUACCCGACCAACGUGGUGGUGCGCAACAACGGCUCGUGCCUGUACGUGCCGCCGGGGAUCUUCAAGAGCACCUGCAAGAUCGACAUCACCUGGUUCCCCUUCGACGACCAGCGUUGCGAAAUGAAGUUUGGCAGUUGGACUUAUGACGGAUAUCAAUUGGACCUUCAACUACAAGAUGAAGCGGGUGGAGAUAUAAGCAGUUUUGUCACGAAUGGCGAAUGGGAGCUCAUAGGUGUACCGGGCAAGCGCAACGAAAUUUAUUACAAUUGUUGCCCAGAGCCCUACAUUGACAUCACAUUCGCAGUGGUGAUCAGGCGAAAGACGCUAUACUAUUUCUUCAAUCUCAUCGUGCCCUGCGUGCUGAUCGCCUCCAUGGCGUUACUUGGAUUCACUUUGCCUCCGGACUCGGGCGAGAAGUUGUCACUGGGCGUCACGAUUCUGCUGUCACUGACAGUGUUUCUGAACAUGGUGGCGGAGACCAUGCCAGCCACGUCCGACGCAGUGCCGCUCCUCGGCACCUACUUUAACUGCAUCAUGUUCAUGGUCGCCUCUUCUGUAGUCUCUACUAUACUCAUCCUCAACUACCAUCACAGGCACGCAGACACGCACGAAAUGAGCGACUGGAUUCGUUGCGUGUUCCUGUACUGGCUGCCGUGGAUCCUGCGCAUGUCGCGGCCCGGGUCGGCAGCGACGCCGCCGCCAACGCGCGCGCCUCCCCCACCCGACCUGGAACUCCGCGAGCGCUCCUCCAAGUCGCUGCUCGCGAACGUGCUCGACAUAGAUGACGACUUCAGGCACGCGCAAUCGCAGCAGCCGCCCUGCUGCCGUUACUACAGGUCCCUCGACGAUCUACACGAACACUACUCGCCGGGGGGCGAGGAAAACGGCGCAGGUCUAGCGGCGCACAGCUGCUUCGGUGUCGACUACGAGCUCUCGCUGAUACUAAAAGAAAUAAGAGUCAUCACAGAUCAAAUGCGCAAAGAUGACGAAGAUGCGGACAUUUCGCGCGACUGGAAAUUCGCCGCCAUGGUCGUGGACAGACUGUGCCUUAUUAUCUUUACCCUGUUCACAAUCAUCGCCACGCUAGCCGUGCUGCUGUCCGCGCCACACAUCAUGGUGUCGUAGCGACCCGCCCGCCUGCGGCUGCGCAUGCGUAACGUUCUGUGAUACCGCGAAUACUUGUUAAGUUGUGAUGUGCGAAAUGGCGCGGGCGCCGACGCCGCGGCGCGGGAGUUGCCGCCGCCUGCCUCGCCGCCUGCGCCCCCUGUAGAUAUAAGUUACCGCUGACUGCCAUCCCUCCGCGCUCAACCGAAUACUAUCUAUCCGACUGAUAUCCUUACCUCUGCUCACGGCUCUUUAUCUAAUUCUUCCGAGAAAUAAGACGAAAGGUCGUCACACUCGAGGGACAAACGCAGCGAUUUAUCCCGAAGCUACUCACUCAAGUCUAGUCAGUAAUUGUCCAACGCAAAAGUGUUUCGAAGCAAAUGUUCCUGUGGAACUAAAGUAAUAACUAACAAAUCGGUGUGCAGUCGGUACGUACUGCCGCUCCCUGAGCCGGUGCGGGCAGCGCGCCCGUCGUCCUGCUUUUGGGGCCACGCUAGAAUAGACAUCGUUUCCAAUGGCCACCAAACUCAAAUAUGGCCGUAAUAUAAAGAUUUUAGCACAAAAACGUCUUCCUUCAUACCGUUGAACGACCUGAUUCGCAUUUAAAAUUUAAACUUUGUUAGAACUUUCUCGAUACUUAAAAUCUAUUGUACAGUUUAGGGUUUGGGCAGAAACGCAAGCCCUUUGUUUCCUUCUUGUUCGAUUCCGUGAAUCGUGGUUAUGAUCCCCGACUUUAUUUUCGGAUGUAUUUGUGUCAUUAGCUAGUAUAGAUCUUUACAAACAAUGUUGAUUCAAUUGGUACAGGUUGUGAUACGCCUCGUUGUGAACGGGUCGAUAUUGUUAUAAAUGGUAAAUAUCCAUGGCUAUAGCUUAAUAAAACGUUCGUUAAAAGUUGUAGUUAAUCAAAGUAUUAUUUUGUAAAAGUCAUACUGGGUCUUUCGGAACGACUUAU